GCGCUAGGACCCGGGCAGGGCCGCAGCCGGAGCCUGAGAACCCGCGGCGGAGGAGCCCGAGGAACCGGGGCCGGAGCCGGGGCCGGGGCCGGAGGGCCGAGGCCGAGGUGCGGCGAGAGCAGCGGCGGCGGCGGCGGCAGGAAGAGGCCCCGAGAUGCCGAGCAAGAAGAAGAAAUACAAUGCGCGCUUCCCGCCGGCCAGAAUCAAGAAGAUCAUGCAGACGGACGAGGAGAUCGGCAAAGUGGCCGCGGCAGUGCCGGUCAUCAUCUCCCGGGCAUUAGAACUGUUUUUGGAAUCACUGCUAAAGAAAGCCUGUCAAGUGACCCAGUCUCGGAAUGCCAAGACUAUGACCACCUCCCACCUGAAACAGUGCAUUGAGCUGGAGCAGCAGUUUGAUUUCUUGAAGGACCUGGUGGCUGCCGUGCCAGACAUGCAGGGAGAUGGGGAAGAUAACCAUCUAGAUGGAGAGAAGGGAACCCGAAGGGGCCGGAAGCCUGGGAGUAGUCGGAAAAACGGUGGUGCUGGAGGAAAAGGGAAAGAUAAGAAGCAGUCAGGGACAGACUCGGAGCAGGAGGACGACUCUGAAGACACAGAGACAGAUGGGGAGGAGGAGAUGCCACAGCCCCCACCCCAGCCCAGCCGGCCCACGGCCCAGUUCCAGAGCCCCCCAGCCCCCUUCCUCCCCUUCUCCUCGACCCUGCCUCUGCCUCCAGCACCUCCUGGCCCCACAGCUGUUGAAGAAGAAGAAGAUUAUGACUCAUAGGCCCUCCCCUUGGCCCUCCCCACCUCCUCCUCCCACCCUCCACCCUCAUUUAGUCCAUUUAGUGGCUGGGGGUGAGGUGGGGGAGUAGGGGAGGGCCUUCUUAAAUUUAUUAAAAUUUUUAAAAAGAA